CGCAGGAUACUUACUCCGUGCCUGUGCGUAAAUAUAUUCAUACAGAUAUACAACAGUAAAUUAACGACCUAAAAUACAAACGCAUGCAAGAAAGAAAUACUUAAUUAAUGAUUAAUGUACCUAUUAAUGAAUAAAGACAGCUUGUAGUGAACCUCAAGUAAAUAGCCUUACUGAUUUAUGACUUUUCCAUUCACGUUUUUUUUUCCUGCGCUUGAAGUCAGAAGAGUUUCUUCCUCGGUGAAACGAACCAUAGCCCCCAUACCAACUGGUUGGAGUGGCGUUACACCUGGUUACAAGCGUCGUCUUGCUCUCUUCUAUAUUCCACUAAUGUUUCUAUGCAGCUCGUCGAAUUAAACAGGAGUUAACUGUGGUCCUCCGAGGAGCUGGAGAGUGCUGUACGGAACGAGAGGGAGGAAGAGAACCAGUCUCUCCAAGGAUGACUCUAGGGACGGAUAUGUCCGACAACUCUGCUUUGUCUGAUGAUGUGGACAUAGAUGUGGUUGGGGGAGACAUUUCCGUUGGCAAGGAUGGGAAAUACCUUCAUCGCGAUUUCCUAGACAAUGACUCGGACGAUAAUUUGUCUCAGAACGCGGGAGAGAGGGGUUCCUCUCCCGGCCUCAGCAGCUCAGAGUGUCCGGCUGACCAGGUUGGAGUUGGUGGAGAUUCAGGGGCCAUGAUAGGAGAUAAGCCUGGUAAGAACGCUCUAGUCAAGCCCCCGUACUCCUACAUAGCCCUGAUAACCAUGUCUAUCCUCCAGAGUCCCAAGAAACGCCUCACUCUCAGCGAGAUUUGCGAGUUCAUCAGCAACAGGUUCCCGUACUAUCGGGAGAAAUUCCCUGCUUGGCAAAACUCCAUUCGUCACAAUCUUUCUCUCAAUGACUGCUUUGUCAAAAUCCCACGUGAGCCUGGCAACCCCGGAAAAGGCAACUACUGGACCCUCGACCCAGAGUCCGCCGACAUGUUCGACAACGGGAGUUUUUUACGCAGGAGGAAGCGCUUCAAGAGGCACCAAGCCAACGAAAUCCUAAGGGACGCCGGGGGGUUCCUGCCCGGGUUCGGAUACGGCCCUUAUGGGUACAACUAUGGACUCCAACUGCAGAACUUCCAUGCUCAUAACCCCUAUCAUCCUCACCUCACAGCAGGCGCUUUCCCUUUCCAUAAUACACCUUGUGGACUCCCCUCGCCAGCCUCAAUAUUCCCCACGCCACAUCCCCUGCCCUCUCUAUUAGGGGCUGAUUUACGAAAGCCAUUCUACCCUCAACUAAGCCCUACCUUGCCCGGCCUGGCGCCUCUCAAGACGGACACUAACACGCCAAUUCGGCCUUCUUUCUCGAUAGACAAUAUAAUCGGUGCAGCUAACUCCGUGGCCUCCCCGUACAGCGCACAGUCGGGCAGCCACAGUCACAGUCAGGCUCAGAUCCUGGCCAUGUUGAACCCUGCACUCACCUCAGCUUCGAACCACUUGAACCUCUCGCAGGAAACCAUUCUUCAGCCUGGUUCACAGACAUUCUCCAGCAAAACUGCAAAUCUUAACAUUUGUCAUUUCUAAACUGGCAGCAAAAACAAAACUCGCAGAAAUCCUACCCGUUAUGGUUCUGUCGUCUUAUGUGAAGGUAGGAUAAACGUUCUUUGAGAAAUAAGAGUGUUGCUCUAUCCCCCUUUCUGAUCGGAGAGAGGAAAGUUAAAUGUAUAUUUAUGGAUUGUAAAUAUGUAUAGGAUACAAUAAAUGGAAGAAGCAUGAUGGUCAGAUAGCAAAUUCUAAGACAACAUUAAGUGUUGGCCCAGGCCCUCAACUAUCUGAGCAAAGAUCCAGCUAUUUUAACACAAGUUAAAUGUCACGUAUCUCACUCUGUGGGGAAUAUUUAAUUGUUUCUUAACUAUAAUAGAGAUUUUAUUAUGAUUUGUAUUGUUAUAUA